AUGUCUGCGUCGCCUCUUGUUACUCUCACCGGCAGCGCCGCUGGCCGGCGCAAGAGUUGCGUAACCCGCUUCGCCUCCUUCGACGCGCUGUGUCGCGCUCAGCAGAGGCCAGACACGCACGCACUGCUGCGUAAAGAGCUGGAGGCAAAGUUGCCGCGACCCUCCCCACGCAACGACGUGGUAGCCGUAGGAGACGCAGCAAUCGAGCUCGUGCUGCAGUUCCUCGGCCCCGUUAGCCGGGAUUCGGCAGCGUUCGCCCAGACGUGCCGCUCGGUGCGCCGCGCGCUGUUUCAUGUGAUGGACCUUGAAGUGGUUGUGGUGACUCCAGCAAUGGUCGUCGCGUCUGCCCUCUCGCGAGAAACUGUGCGCAGAGCUCUAAUCACCUUCGCUGCGGCAAGAAGCGCGCAGGUGCGGACGCUGGUGCUGCACGAGGACGGCCUCGACGCCGUGAAGUGCGAGCGCGACGACGGCACCCCAGCUGCCGGUCUAACCCUGCCGGCGCCGUGGUUGCUGCAGCUCAUCUCGCAGCUGCCGUACCUCACCGAGCUUGAUGUGCGCCACGUGCGAUUCAUAGAAGCUCAUCACUCCCAGGCGCUCCACUACCUGCUGAGCGACCUGCACCUGGCUGCUGCCGGCACCCUGUGCACGCUCAAGAUGGAUGCCGAGCUCAUGCGCUACUGGGCGCCGGGGUGGUGGCGCCGCCUCAUCAACCUAUCUUCGCUGGUUGUGGGCAGCCGCUACUGUCCCCCUGAGCUUACAUCCGACACCACCGCCAGCGUCAUCUCUCCGUCUUCGCUGGAGCUGCCAUCGGACUAUUUCACGUUGAUGUGUGAGGAGGGUCGAGGCUGGAAGCUGAAUCUGUGGGUCCCGCUACAGGCGGCCUCCCUCAAACGAAUCCUCAUGCCCGCCAGCGGCAUCAGCUACGCAGGUGUGGCAGAGCUGCUAGUAAACAUGCGGUGUAACGAGCGCACAUGUGAGUGGUCUGACGCUGUAGGCGGUCACACGUUACCACUGCCGUCGCCUGCCGCGGCCACUGCUUCGGGUACGGCAUCGGAGCUGUCACCAGAAACUCGCAACAGCGGUGCAUCGUGCAAGGCCGGCACUGGUGCCACUGCUGGCAUCGAGUCGGGCGAAGUGUGCAUCUACCCUGCGCUGACGACAAUGACCGUCGUGGACGUGCAAGAGAGGCCGGAGGUAGCAGCUGAGGUGUACCAGGCAAUGCUGGACAUGGCCCCCGCACUCGUCCACUUCAACGUAUGUGACACUGUGUCGGUCGGCACAGCGAGCGAGGCCCCGAAGAAGCGGCGCGGGAAGGGGUAG